AUGAAGUGGGUGAAGGGGGCUGUAGAAGACAUUUUGAAGAAAGGGACCGAAGGCAUAGGCCCAAAUGAUCAGGUUGGAUUCAAUUUUUGUUCCAAAGAUUUUGCAAGAGGCGAUGGAUGGAUCAAUUUUAAAACGGCUAGUGAAGUAACUUUCGACGAUGUGUGGAAAAUGAUAUCGGGGAUAUAUCAAUCAAACAGCACUGGGUUAAAUACCGAAACUUUCUAUUGCGAUUCAAAACAGUCCAACUUAUAUAGAUGCAUUCAAAGCGCUGUCAUAAUAAACAAUAUUACUAAAAAUAAUUUGUGCCUUCCCCGAGCUUUGGUUGUGGCUAUUGCGCACGCUGAUAAGGAUCCUAUUUACACUAAAAUAAGAAAGGACACAGGAAAAAUCCAAACGGAGAAGACCAGGUUAUUAAUGGAAGCUGUAGGUGUUAAUAUUCCAGCAGAAGGAGCCGGAAUUCCAGAAUUACAGAAAUUCCAACAGUAUUUGGUAGACUACCAAAUUAUAGUGUACCAGUACGGGUCUAAAGGUCGAGAUUUGGUUUUUAAAGGCGAAGAAAAAAACGAAAAAGCUCCACCUACUGGAAACAAAUUCAAGGAUGUGGUGGUGCUAGCACAUAACGGUGGAGGGUUUGACCAUCAAUUUAUUCUAGAUCAUGUUCUCCAGCAAACAGACCUAACACCUGAACUUAUCACCCGAGGUACCAAGUUAGUUCUCAUGGUUGUAGGUAACGUCAAAUUCCUGGAUUCCCUCAAUUAUUUCCCUAUGGCCCUUGCGAAACUACCUAAAGCGUUCGGUUUGACAGAGUUGAAGAAAGGAUAUUUUCCCCACUUAUUCAAUACCGUAGGACAUCAAAAGUAUGUAGGACCAAUGCCCGCUAUAGAGUAUUACGACCCCGAUAAUAUGAAGACUGAAGACAGGGAAAAGUUUAUUAAAUGGUACCAGGAACGUGUAGCUGAGAACUACAUGUUCGAUUUCGAGAAGGAGUUUAUUGAAUAUUGCGUAUCUGAUGUCGACAUUCUCACGCAAGCCUCCCUCAAAUUCAGAAAACUCAUGAUAGACGAGGGGAACGUGUGCCCAUUUACCGAAGCCUCAACACUACCUAGCACAUGCAACAAGAUUUUCCGCCGCAAUUUCCUCCAACCCGAGACUAUAGGUAUCAUACCGAAAAACGGGUACAGGUUAUGCGACAAUCAAAGCAAGAUCGCUCUCCAAUGGUUAUUGUGGAAGGAGCAAGAAAGAGGUGUUGAAAUUGUACAUGCUGCAAAACAACAGGAGAGAGGUGUAAAGUCGUGGUAUAAAGUCGAUGGGUAUUGUAAGGAAACCAAGCAGGUGUUUGAGUUUCACGGAUGCUAUUACCACGGGUGCCCUAGAUGUCACAAGUACGAGCGCCAGGUACCGCUCAAAGACGACCCUACACAGACAUUGGAUUCCCGGUACGAGAAUACAAUUACGAAAACCCAGCAUUUAACGGGGCAAGGUUACGAGGUGAUUGAAAUGUGGGAGUGUGAUUUCCGACGUGAUAUGGACGAUGAAAUCAAGCAAUAUACCGAAGACCAUCCUUUACUUGUCAACUUACCACUAAAUCCGCGCGACGCUUUUUACGGGGGUCGCACGGAAAAUAUGAAGACGUACUACAAGUGCCGGGACGGGGAACAAAUCAAAUACGUCGAUGUCUGCUCACUUUACCCGUGGGUAAACAAGUAUGGAAAGUACCCUAUAGGACACCCGGAAGUCACGUUUGGUUUCGUGUUGUGUUACACAUGCGCAAAAGUCGGUGCUAAAGAAUGUAGACAUAGUGAUGAAGAAAGAACAAUUAGCGGUACGUGGGUUAUUGACGAAGUGGUGAAGGCGUUGGAAAAAGGAUAUAUAAUACUAGACAUUCAAGAAAUAUGGAAAUAUAAGGAAGGCGUUACGCUAAACCCGGAAAAGGUUUCUGUAAAUCCUGGUCUUAGGCAACUUGGAAAAGCCGUCAUCACAUCGUUUUGGGGCAAGUUAUGUCAGAGGGAAAACCAGGGAAAGACGUCUAUUGUCAACAGACCAGAAGUCUUGUUUUCCAUGUUAUCUAACCCUGCAACAGAUGUCAACUCCAUAGUGCCUGUGAACGACGAUACCCUGCUGGUAAACUGGGUAUUCAAGGAUGAAGCCUACGAUGUUUUACCAACAGUAAAUGUAUGUUUGGCAGCCUACACAACAGCCCAGGCCCGGCUGAAAUUAUACAGUUACCUUGAAAAAGUCGGGGAUAACGCUAUUUACACAGACACGGAUAGCGUUAUUUACCUAUCGAAGGCAGGGCAAGAAGAUAUCCCGCUUGGAAAUUUUCUUGGUGAAAUGACCGAUGAGUUGGAGGGGUAUGGUGAGGGUAGCUACAUUGAUGAGUUUGUAUCGGGAGGACCUAAGAAUUACGCGUAUAAGGUAUAUUCUCCUAAAUCCGGGGAGUAUUCCAUAACGUGUAAGGUUAAAGGUCUCUCCCUAAACUACAACGCCUCUCAAACCAUCCAAUUUGAAACCAUCUAUUUAAUAAAUCCAUUUUUUAGCAGAAAGGCCCAACCUAUCCCCAAUAUACAUGCAGAUACGAGAACUGGGAUCACAAUACAAGAACAUAUUUCUAGCUAUGAUAAAUUACAAUUUAUUACUGAUAUUAUAAAUUGUUCUAAUUUCGGCUAA